AUGACAACUAGCAACGACAAGCAAAGAGCGAGCAGUAGUAUGGGUUGGCCUUCUCAGCCCGAUGCUUCUUCUCAUCAUAAUUCUCGAGUUAGUACGGCCAUUGCAACCAACAACAACAAAAACAACAACUCGGGGAAGACUUCUCUUCCUGCAUCGAGAAUUAAUUCUGCAAUCACUCACUCUUCUGGCUCAAUAAUUGGUGCACAAGCAAAUCCUAACAACAACAAUAACACUACGACAGAAAAUAAUAGAUCAUCUUCUACACGUACUCUACCUUCUCUCAAGCAACCACCCCAUGUACAACAACGAAUAGGCAAAUUAUCGAUCACUCCCACACCAACACCACCUCCAUCUCAACAGCAGCAUGAAGAAAUAGGAUCUGGCUUUCUUAAGGAAAUUAAUUGGACUCGCAAAAAGAAAAAACGACUGAAACCAAUCAGCUCUUUUAUUGAUGAGCAAGUUGAACAAUUCAAACUCAACGAAAGCGUUCAAGUUGACAAUGAAGCUAAUACUUUCAUGACGGAAAUGCAUAUUACUUCUCCCGAUAAAUCCAAGUCUCGCACCACCACUGCUCAUUCCCACAAUUCAAACGAGCUCUUUGUGGAGGAUCCAUUCGAUGCUUCGGAAAGAAACAAGGAUGUUAAGAUCGCCCUUAGUAACACAAUCAAACGAGUGAAUCAAGCGAAAGAAAAACGUCAUGAAUAUUGGAAAAACCCUAAUGACAAUAGUUUUGUUGCGUCACCUCUGUUGAAUAAGUUUCCUUUCCAAGAACUAGAGUCUAGCAAUUUUCGAUUACUAUUUAGCAAAUCUAAAGAAUUUGAUUCCAAGCCAGAAUUCACUAGAGAACGAUUAGAGAAAGUUUUUACACCUUUCAAAAUUUACCAAAGCAGCAAAACUAAUUUAACAUCCGACAUUUCCCUCUUAAAUAAUGUUGAAGAACCUGAGGAAAAUCAACCUGAACCGACUACUAAAAAAUCAGCACCCAAAAUAUUGGCUGACAAAAAAUUUGAGGAAAAGAUUGACGAUGAGUUAAGGAAAACCGAUGUUCAAUUUAAGGAUCUUUUUCAAAAAGCUCAUCAUGUGGUGGCUAGUGGAAAAGUACAAGGUGGAUCCUUACAAAAUCCUUUUGGAGAUAUUUAUUCUAGUUAUUUUAAACAACAUCAAUCAGAAUAUGGUCAAAAGAAAUUGAAACCAAUCACCAAAUCCAUGAAUUCUGAUAACUGGAGAAAUGAAUUUUUAGGAUCUCAGAUUUAUAGCCAACAAUAUUUACUCAAUGCACUGGAUGAACGAUUUGGAAAUAGACUCUCAGUGUUACAAUCUCGACAAUACUUGGAGAAAAUUGCUGAAAUAUCGCUAAAAAGGUCAGAAAAAUAUGCAGUCUGUGGAUUGAAUGAACCUCAGAUGAGAAAACUAACAGAUACUUCAUUGGACUCCAUGUGGGAUAAACUAAAUCAUUCACUCGAGGUCAAGAAGAGCAAGUUUUAUCACUCAGUUCUUUUUUACAGACGCUUAUUAUUUCAUUUAGAAACAAUCAAGGUUCCCACUUCUGAGAAUGAGUAUCUGAUAAAGUUAUUGGAGUCCAUUCGGAAACAUAUCAUUGAACACCCAACAGACGAUCUUACUAAGGAAGGAAUUUUCUUUAAAAACAUCAAACCAUUAGUGCAAGAAAUGAGCAAACUCGACUCGAGAAUGUCAACAAGUAAUUUAUUCAAAACAUCCAGACUCGAUAGCUUCUUUGGUAAUCGAGAGACUGUGCGAGUCAUUUUGUUCUUUAUUGCUGAGCUGAAUAUUAACAGUGAAGAUUUAUUUACUAACUUUUUACACAAACUUCGUCUCAAACAUAGCAAAGUCAUGGAUGAGUUGAGAAUCAAGUUGAAAGAACGAGAAGCUCAACAACAAAAAUUGAUCCGAAAAGUUGAGUUAUUUCAAGUUGAAGGGGCCGACAAGAAUUUUAUCCGAGCGAUGGUAUUGGCUUUACAACCACAAUCGUUUUUAGCUGGUGCUAUCAUUGUGAAAAAGGGAGAUAUUGGUAAUGAAAUGUACUUUAUUUUGAGAGGCGUGGCGGAAGUUGUCACUGAAGAUAGCGAGCCUAAAAUUAUUGCUUCUCUCGACGAAGGCAAGUUUUUUGGAGAGGUUAGUGUAGUGUUAGACCAAACCAGAAUGGCCACAGUUCGAGCUGGGACAGAUUGUGAUCUCUUUGUUCUCAAUAAGGAUGCUCUGAAACGAAUUGAAGAAGAAUUUCCUGAGCCUGUUGAAAAAAUCAGAGAAAAGGCAAUCGAGCGAUUGAAUGCAGCCAACAAGUAG